CCUGGAGCUGCCAGGGCUCCUGGUCCGGGGGACCUAGGCAGAUGUGCAGUCCUCUGCUGAGGGCGGUUCGGGGCGGAGCUGGGUGUCACGGCAUGCAAUCCUGGCCGCCCGCGUUCUGGGGCUGCUGGAGGCCCGGCACUGGGGCUGAGGGCUCCAAGAGUCGUCUGACUGCUUUCCAGCCCCGGCAGCGUCAUCACCCAGCCCCAGUGGAGGGGUGCUGGGAAGGGCCAAGGAGGGCGCCAAGGCACUGAAGGAACUUAGCGCAUCGGGGCUCUGCUCAACAUGGGGGAGGUGGAGAUCUCGGCCCGGGCCUACGUGAAGAUGUGUCUGCACGCUGCCCGGUACCCGCACGCUGCUGUCAACGGGCUGUUACUGGCGCCGGCGCCGCGGUCGGAAGAAUGCCUGUGCCUCACUGACUGUGUGCCCCUGUUCCACAGCCACCUGGCCCUGUCCGUCAUGCUGGAGGUCGCCCUCAACCAGGUGGAUGUGUGGGGCUCCCAGACUGGUCUGGUGGUGGCUGGGUACUACCAUGCCAAUGCAGCUCUGGACGACCAGAGCCCUGGGCCUCUGGCCUUGAAAAUCGCUGGGCGGAUUGUGGAAUUCUUCCCUGAUGCAGUACUCAUUAUGCUGGACAAUCAGAAACUGGUGCCUCAGCCCCACGUGCCCCCAGUUAUCGUCUUGGAGAGCCAUGGUCUCCGCUGGGUCCCCAAGGACAAGAACUUAGUGAUGUGGAGGGAUUGGGAAGAGUCGCGGCAGAUGGUGAGGGCACUGCUGGAAGGUCGAGCCCACCAGCACCUUGUGGACUUCGACUGUCACCUUGACGACAUCCGGCAGGACUGGACCAACCAGCAGCUCAAUGCCCGAAUAACCCAGUGGGUGGGUUCCACAAAUGGAAAUGCCUGAGUGAGGGUUGAGAAGGAGGGGCUGGAGAGGAGGGCAGGAUCCAAUAAAGAGACUUGGGAUAAUGGACAA